AUGCGCCACUCCUACAAACGAGCCCUGGUGGUGGCUUUGGUCAUUUUGGUGCUUGUGCUCAUCACUUUCCAAGGAGAGCAGGCCAUGGACCGGAGCGCCGAGUUUCUUCGCAAGACUGGCGUCACCUCAUCGCACAAGGAGAAUACCGCCGCCCACCCUCAGCAGCACCCUGUAGAGCAUCCUGCCGAGCAGACUCCGGAUCAGCCUGUCGACAAGAACGCUCCUCCUGCACCGGUCCCCGCUCAGCAAAACCCGACAUCGCCCGACGUAGAGCCCCAAAGCGACCACAUCCCCGACUGCAACAUUGACAUGGAGCACCUCCGCGAAGUCAAGGAGCGCAACAUGCUGGACAACAAGUUUCAGUACUUGAAGCGCUAUGUGCGUUUCAAGCGGACCGAUGGCCUGGAGCGUAAGUCCAUGACCCAUGUCGACCAGCGCCUGGUUCCCGCCAAAUUCAAGACGGUUGAACUCGGCCAGCACUUUGGCCGCCUCACCUGCUCCCCUCCCCUCGAGGUCGAAGUCACCCGCUCCGGCCUGCCCUCCACAGUCAACGCCUCCGACUUCAUGUUUGGUGUUUCCACCACCUACAGCCGCUUCAUGGACCCUGUUACAACACCUAUUAACGAGUGGAUCUUUUGGCUCACGGACAGCCGUGGCAACAGUAACGGUGGCAAGCUCUUGCUCAUGCUACUUGAUGCCAGCGAUGAGGAGCUCCAGGAGGUGGCCAACUUGCUGGGCGACGUUGGCAUUGAUGUCGAUGUCUACCACAGCGACUCUUCUACCGAGAUGGCUAAGUGGCUGGUCACUUGUGACGAUGACACCUUUUUCCCCAGCAUGCACGGCCUCAUUGAAGAAAUCUCCAAGUACGAUCACACCCGCAUGCAGUACCUUGGCACCCUGUCCGAGGAUGUUUUUGCUGUCGAUCGCCACGGCUCUCAGGCUUUCGGGGGCGGCGGUGUAUUCCUCUCGGUGUCCAUGGCUGCCAAGAUUACGGACUUGUACCCGCUGUGCGCCACCGAGGAGAAGAUUCUCGAGUCUAACAGUGGCUGGGGCCCUCAGGGUGACAUCAUCCUCCGUAAAUGCAUCUACGAGCACACCGACACGCGCCUCAACACGGUCAACCAGCUGUGGCAGCUUGACAUUCUCGGUGACCCCAGCGGAUUUUACGAGUCGGGCAUCAAGCCUUUGUCUCUUCACCACUACCGUGGUUCCUCGUGGCACUCUGCCCGCCCCGGCCAGUUCUCCAAGAUUGCUCACACCUGCGGCGAGGAUUGCAUCAUGCAGCGUUUCCAGACGUCAGAUGACUUUGUCAUCUCCGGCUACUCGGUUGCCCAGUACCCCGAGGGCAUUGACUGGGAUUAUCACCAGCUCGAGGGUACCAUCAGCGCUCCUCCCGAGAACAAGGGCUGGAACCUCGACUUCAUGCUUGGCCCCCAGCGACCCUCCCUCACCGGAACGGGUAAGAAGAUUGCCUGGGAGCUGGUCGAGUCCGAAGUACGAACCGACUCAUCAGUCCUCCAGACUUAUGUGCGCAGGAAGGACGACCAGCGCUGGACCUAUGCGGACGGCAGCCCCAUGAGCAACAUUGACGGCAUCAUUGAGCUGGUUUGGAUCCCCGCAUGA